AUGAGUGUCUCGUCGAUGGUUAACGGAGUGAGCGCCCACGAAAUCCCCUUUCAGGCCGAGUCGGGGCGAGUUCAUGACGACGACCAGCAUGCUGUCCGUGAGAUCCGCAAGUUGGUGAUCGAUUGCUGCAGACAGAAUGGUGGUGGUCAUGGAGGAUCGGCCAUUUCUAUGGCACCCUUGGCCGUUGCGCUGUGGCGACACACGAUGCGGUAUAGUCCUCAAAAUCCAGAGUGGUUUGACCGCGACAGAUUUGUGCUUUCCAAUGGGCACGCCGCAAUCCUCCUGUACGUAAUGCUUCACGUCACUGGAUAUGUUGGCAUGACGCUGGAAGAAUUGAAAAUGUACGCGAACCCAAAGACCGUCGACCCUCAGACAGGGACAUGGAAGGAGACUCUAUGUCACGGUCAUCCAGAAAUCGAGGUCCCUGGUGUCGAAGUUACCACAGGGCCACUAGGCCAGGGGAUCGCAAAUGCCGUCGGGUUGGCCAUAGCAUCGAAGCAGCUCGCUGCUACGUACAACAGAGAAGGCUACGACAUCAUCACGUCGCGCAUUUUCUGUACCACUGGCGACGGUUGUCUUCAAGAAGGUGUUGCGCAGGAAGCAAUAGCCGUCGCUGGACAUCUGAAACUCGACAACCUCAUCCUAUGCUACGACAACAACGCUGUCACAUGUGACGGACCUCUUGAGUGGAUAGUAUCUGAAGACACCAAUGCCAAAAUGCGCGCGUUAGGAUGGCAAGUGAUUGACGUCUUCGGCGGUGACAGCGCUGUGGACGACAUCGUCGCCGCCCUCCAACUGGCUCGGGCACCUAGUCCCGAUAGAAAACCGACAUUCAUCAAUAUUCGCACAACUAUCGGCUUUGGGACAUCUACGGCGGGGACCUUCAAAUCUCACCAUGGAACUUAUACCGACGAUGAUGCCGCACUCUUUGCCGAGAGCUCGAACACACCAAGCCACUAUCUCGAAAAACUCCAAGGCAUAUUUCAGUUGGUGCUCAUCUAA